CCCCCAAUCGAACUUGCUGCCGGAAUCGGCAUCAGCACCACCUCCAGCGAACGUCCACAUGUCCUCCUCCCCUCACAUUGCCCUGGACUCUACAACAUUGUAGGGAAAACCACCACCCCCUUUCGUUUUACCGCGUUUCUGCAGCCCACAAAAAGAACAAAAAAGACCAUUAAAAUGCCCGACGUACAUCUGCGGCUCGAAGACGACAGUGCACCUGCCUUCGCGGCAAAGGUGGUCGAAAUCCUCAACUCGGCCCUUGCGUCUGCUUCCUCGCCAACCUCGCCAGCCGAGGCCGCCACGGCCCUGGAUGGCCUCUGCAGCAAGGACUACGCAGAGCAGGGCACGGCGGGCUCCUUCCUCUGGUGGUUCUGGGACCUCGUCCACGACCUCGCACGCCAGCUCCCCCAUGACAGCCCGCAGCAGGACCGCCUGGCAGCGCUCAUCAAGGCGCUGCACGACCUGACCCCCAAGACUGUCAAGCUGGGAGACGACUGGGGCAGCGGCGGCGAAGACUUGGUCGCGCUGUGGACGGGCCUCCCUAUGUUCGGCAACACGUUCCGCGAAAAGCUUGACGAUGGUGAUGCGAGAGCUUCUUCGGAGACCCAGCGAAAGGAGCGACGCGUCAACCUCCAGGCCUACGCGGCGAGGGUUGCGGGCCUCAGCCUCGUCCCCAUGGAGAUGUACGCCAUCUGGGCCCUCGUCGACGCGCUGGAGGGCACCAUGACGCCGGUCCGCGGCGCCCCGGACGAGGUAGACCCAGACCCCGCCGCGGUUGAGGACGUCUCUCCCAAGGUCGCAUGCGCUGCGGCGUGGAUCGUCCACGCCGGCCAUGUGCUGCACGGCCGGGACGAGGAGGUGCACGGCGCGACGUCGGGGCCCCUGUGGCGGCUCGACAAGAAGGAGGCGAUCAAGCAGCGACGCAGGCUGAAAGGAACAAACGGGCUGUGCCCGCAGAGGUGGCAGCUUUGGAAGGAGAGGUUCGCAGCCGUCCGGGACGCGGACGGGGUAGAUGACCUGGCCCGCAAGGAGGCUGGGGCUGCAUUUGCAAGGAUGGAGGAGAUUGAAAACGCAAAGAAGUAAUGGACAUGUACAUGGACAUGUCCGCCCAGUUUAAUUAAUUGAGUGGAAUGUUUACCGUCCUUGUACCGUACGUGCGUACCCAAACUCCUCCUGUCGGACUUUCGACCGACUGGCAGCAUCAAAUGGACCGAACCAAUGGUUGGCAUUUCCUGGUUCUCAUAAAAAUAAAAAUAGAAAGCAGGGGACUGCGCACCCCUUGUCGCGGCAGAUGGGAUGCCGCCUUGGCAGAGAGAAUGGGCUUGAGCAAGAAAGAGGGGUGAAUAAUAAUGCAAAAAGAGGAUGGGGAAAACAAAUGGAAAGGAGAAAUAAACACUUUAAUCGGAUCGACCUUGUCGAUCCGCCGCCUGCCUCCAGCUGGGUUGCAACACGACCAGGACAGGGUAGGCACGACAGCCCCUCGCCCCCUGUAGACAGGCACACAGGCCAGGCAAAUCGAAUCAAGGCGAGUGGGGUCGGGUCGUGGACGCGGAGGACAGAUAGGACAGGUGCAAGAGUCUCCCUGGAGCACAGCAGCUUUUCGCGUCCGGAUGGUGACAUCC